CAGCAGAACAGAGGGUCGGCACUUUGUUGAACAACGCCAGCCACCGACGAAGAUUCCUGCAGCAAUCUGUGGGUGCCUCUUAAAUCUGCGCCUUCCUCUUCAAGGAGCUACAUGGUAGCCGAACUUCUAAAAAUAUAUCUCCUCUCGCUCUCUCCCUUUCAAAUUUUCCACUUGCCCCCAAAAAGACGAUGUUGCCACAGAGCAGACGAGAUUCGACGGCAGAAAGGUGUGUGCCCAGGGUUUCUCUCGCCGAGUUAAGCACCUUGAAGGAUUGGAUUGUCUUGCUGGUCGCAUCCUUUCAUUUCCUGCUUGGCGGUCUGAGAUAAGACAUCAGAUUGCGAGGUCUUACAACGGAUGAAUUCUCGCAUAGCUUCAUGGAAUUAACAAUUAAUCCAUCACUUCUUUUGCCCAAGAAACAAUUCACCCAUUUAUGACGAAGAAUUGUUACACUCAAUCGUUCUGAAUUUAAAAAGUCAAUGAAAAGUUCGAAGAUGAAUAAAAUAUGUUUGAUGCGGAAUCCAGCUCAAGUCUCAUCAUGCAGAUUCAAGCAAAUUACCAACCAUUUCACUUAAGCUUUCCGCGAACAGAAUUUAUUUCAAACUGAUAUCAACUCUCAAUAAAACAAUUCGUGUUCUGACGUAUUUAUAAUUACAAGGAAAGUUUGGUGGCAGUGAAGAAACAUAAGUGGUGUAGUGAUGCAUUAACCCUAGGAUAUAAUGAUCAAGAAUACAAUAUCAUGAGCAAUUAUGAACUUUGUUAAUUUUUCCUUCACAAAUAACAAAAUAGUUCUAAAGUGAAACUAUUCUUCACUGAAUGCUUUACAUAAAUCACUAAACGAUGGUGAUUAUAUAAAUUUGAAUUUGAAUUUAAGAUACCAAUUGUGGAGCAUUUAAUGAAGAAAUAUCUCUUUGCCCUUUGCUGAUUAACUUUUUCUGGAAUCAUUGUGAAGAAAUUGAUUCUCAUAAGGAUUUACAUUAAUUUAUCAGAGAAGGCAGCUGUGUGAUCUUCAUUCAGGAAGUGUUCCUCAUCUGGCAAUCGAAUUUUUGUUUUGCCUUUAGCUCAAUGCUUGUAAUCUUCCAGACAGACAUCGAACAUAGAUUAUUCGAAACCGCGCUCCGACCGGUUGGGUAUCCUCAGGUGUGAAGACUGUUCUUGAAAUGAGCGAGGCAACCUGACGACCAUGCUGGAUAUCCUACGUAGCCUCAAGAGUCUAGUGAAAGUAGCUCGAACCCACAUCGACAAUGAAAUAUUCCGACUGCACUACACGUUUACCGUGCUCGUGCUCCUUGCCUUCUGCAUAGUGGUCACCACAAAACAGUAUGUGGGUGACCCCAUCGACUGUAUCCACGGACAUGACAUUCCUUCGAACAUCAUCAACACGUAUUGCUGGAUACACACUACUUUUACGAUCCCCUCUGCUUUUGCUAAGAAGGUGGGCAAAGAUAUCCCCCAUCCAGGCAUCGAUGCUACACAAGACGAAUCCCAGUUCCGCUACCACAAAUACUACCAGUGGGUGUGUUUCAUGCUCUUCCUGCAGGCGACCCUCUUCUACAUUCCUCGAUGGCUGUGGCGCAUGUGGGAGGGGGGCAAGAUACAGGCCCUCAUGAUGGACUUGGAUGUCGGCAUGCUCGGAGAAGCGGAGAAGAAACAAAAGAAAAAGCUUCUUGUCGACUACAUCAUAGCCAGCUGGAAGACGCACGAUUGGUACGCUGGGAGGUACCUCAUCUGUGAGAUUCUUGCCUUCUUCAAUGUCAUCGGACAGAUGUUUCUCAUGAACAAGUUCUUCGAUGGCGAAUUCAUGAAUUACGGACUCGAAGUCAUUGACUUCAUCAACACUGAUCCUGAGGACAGGUUGGAUCCUAUGAUCAGGAUUUUCCCGCGAGUUACCAAGUGUCGAUUCCAGAAGUAUGGACCGUCAGCCAACUUGGAAACUCACGAUGCCUUAUGUGUCAUGCCCCUCAACAUCAUCAAUGAGAAGAUAUAUAUCUUCUUGUGGUUCUGGUUUGUCAUAUUGUCCAUUCUAACCGGAUUCGUCCUUAUUUUUCACGCUGUCUUGUUUGCUUGUCCCCCCGUCCGAGUAUACGUUCUGAGCAUGAGGUUCAGAUUCGCACACAUGGAGAACUUGCACACAUUGGUUCGGAAAGGCUCUUUCGGAGACUGGUUUCUCAUUUACAUGCUAGGGCAGAAUGUAGAUGCCAUCAUUUUCAAGGAGCUAGUGGCAGAGAUUGCAAAGAAAGUGACCACUGAACCCAAAGAAGGUUUAUGACCAUGGAGUUUGAGAUUAGAGACAUUUGACUUUCAAACAGUAAAAAAAAUAAAAGGACGUAGCAUAUUGUAUAAUAUUGUUCUAGUGUGUGAAAUUGUAUUCAAGAUUUGUUCACUGACACAUCAUAAUUAGCAAUUAUCUUUCUUUUUUUUUUCUAUUUAUUAAAUGGUUGACCCAUUUCUACUAUUUAA